AUGAGGUCCGCGGCGUUGACCGGUCUCCAGCAGCUCGUGGCCACUGACGCCAGUCGCGUCGCUCUCUUGGACGGAGGCUUUGCCACGGAGGUGGAGAAAGACCCGCGCGUGGACCUGAGCGCCAGCGCACUGUGGUCCGCGUCGCUGCUAUUGGAUCGGAAUGAACAUCUCGAGUCGGUGGUCGUGGACGCCCACAAGACGUACUUCUUGGCAGGAGCGGAUGUAGCCACUACGGCGAGUUACCAAUUGUCGGUCGACGGGCUCAAGCGCGAGGGCGUGACGAACACGGAGGACGUCGAGCGACUGUUUGCCAAGAGCACUGACCUUGCGGUGCAGGCGCGUGACGCAGCGUGGAACGAGCUGGACCAGAAGCGACGUAUCAAGCCUCUGGUGGGCGCCAGCAUUGGCUGCUAUGGCGCUGCACUGGCCGACGGAUCGGAGUACCGCGGUGACUACAACAAGAGCAAAGAAGAGCUCGUGGCGUGGCACAAACACCGGUUUGGUUUCUUUGCGAAUUACGCACGAGCGGAUCUCCUGAUCUGUGAGACGAUCCCGUGUCUCGUGGAGGUGGAAGCGUUCAUCGACUUGUUGAACGCGUUCCCAAUGGCGCACGCGAUCAUUGCCGUAGCCUGUCACAAUGGAACGGAGUUGAACAGUGGCGAACCAAUUGCUCGCGUCCCUGGUAUUCUGGCGAAACUAAACGAUCCGUCGCAGCUGCUUGCAAUUGGCAUCAACUGCACACCACCGCAGCACGUGGAAAGUCUGUUGCGCGAGCUGAGGUGUCCGUGGCCCAAGGCCGUGUACCCCAAUAGCGGAGAGGCCUGGGACGGAGUGAACAAGGAGUGGCUUCCGGCUGAUAGCACUGGUGGUGCCAGCUCCUGGCAAGAAUUCGCACCGAGGUGGUACGAUGCGGGCGCGCGGUUCUUUGGCGGCUGUUGCCGUACGUCCCCUGAUGACAUUCGCGCUCUCCGCUCGUACUUUGAGCAGCGCCAGUUGCUGUAA